AGGCAGUUCUUUAUGAUUAUGAAUCUGGAUUUCAGACACAUUCAUUGCUGUAAAGAAUCAGGUUUGGACAAAAAGCAGACUAAUUAAUUGAACCAAGCAAUUAGAUAAUGGAGAUUCGAGAAGAAACGCGUGCAAGAACCCAACUUAUAGUUCAACGUUUACAAGAGGCGCCACUACCAUGAUUCACUCACUAUUAAGACGCCCUUAGCUGAAGCAUCAACGAUAAGUGCACUCAAUCUCACCUCUCACUUUAACUUUCUUACACACAAAAAUAGAUUUAGUUAACCUCUGAGUAUAUGAUUCAAAUCAUGUUUGUUUACAUAAUUUUAUAUUUUAAAAGGACGUGAACUUGCUUAUUGUACAAUGGACAGACCAACUUUGCCCUCCUUUGAAGGCUAAAUUCUCCUUUAACAAGUCAGAAAACAAUGUAUUCCUGAUUAGUUCUGCUUUGCUUUGGCCAAAGGAAUAAAGUAAUAAGGCUAUUACCAAUUGCAAGACCCACCCACAUGCUCAAUUUUAUAUAAUAGUCCAAAAAUAUUCUGAUUCAUAAAAGGAAAUAGACAAGGACAUGACAGAAUGAUAGAGCCUUCCUCAUAUACGAAACCAUAACAUCCUGUACAGAAAAAGGGAAAGAAAGCCAUUGGAAUCAGAAUGUCCUAUAGUAUAUGUGCAACGCAUAAGCUUCAACAAAGCAAAGCAAUCAAGAGAUCGCAUACACUAAACAUGUUGGCACCACCAAUUGAUUGCUAUGUUACCAAGCUUUAGCUUUCUGGUUCCCCGGUCAAAUAAACUAUUUCCUAUGCUUAAAUUCCUCUUCCCCACUCCACCAACCUCUUGCUUUACUCUCCCACUAACGCUCCUCCCUCCAUUGUCAUAUACAACCACCUUCUAUUAGCUUCCAUUCCUGCUACCAAAAAACUAUCAUUCAUAUUCACGAGGUCCUACUCAGUACUCCUUUCAAUGGACACUUCUGGCCAACAAUCUACAAAACAGCUAAAAGAACACCUCCAACAUCACCAAGAGCCUUUUUCGUUGCAGAGUUACCUCAUCGAAAGAAGUUACAUGUUCAACAACAACCUCAGCUAUGAGAGUACCAACAUUCACCACCUUUAUUCAGCCAAGAAUCUGAAAUCCUCCAUCAAGUAUGAUUUACACAAGAUAAGGAAACGGCUAUUACAUGCUACAGGGAUACUGAGAUCACUACUAUACAAGUUCAUUCCCACAGAAGACAGCCAGUUCUCAAACUGGGUAGAAGAGGACAACAAUGAUCUGUAUUAUGUGCAUGAAUAUUUAACAGCACACACUCAGCCAACUCAACAAACAAGUUCACUGAAAACAUUGGCUGUGUCUCAUCAUUUUACUAAAAAUGAUGCUCCUCACCGCAAGGUUUUGCCGGCGAAUAUGUUUCAGACAUUCACACUCCCCAAAUUAAAAAGAUCAGAGGUUGACGCAGGAACCAAACCAUAUUGGAUAAGGUCAAAGGAGAAUAGCCAGCAGUGUAGAAGAGGACCAAAAUGGAAAGCAUCAUUACCAAAUGCAGUGUGCCACUUAAAAAGUUCAGAUGAGCAGGUAACAGCUGUUCCAACUUUGUCCCAGAAACUUGUUAGAGACUAUGUAAGAAAGCUAGCGGCGAGCUCAAAUAUUUUGAAAUUGAGACGUGCAAAAAAAGACAAACUACAGGAGAUGGUUGAGACGGCUUCUUUGUGCGGAAGAAACAGAAGGAGCCUGGCAAAGAGGGAGCAGCUACGGUUUGACCGUGUAGAAAAAGACAAAGGGUUUCAUGAAAAUGAAGGUAAAAGUGUGUCAAGCAAAGCAGUUGCAGAAGCUGAGGGGUUUCAGAGUAUCAUGCACGAGCAUUUUAACGUGUUGGAGAAACAAUACAGAGAAGCUAAAAGGAUCAGGCACCUGCUGCAUGCAGAGUCCUGUGUGAUAUCAGAAGAGUGGAAAAGCUUCCAAAUCUUAAAUUUGGAGAUAAGCAUGGAGAUAGGAGAUUCAAUCACGGAUGACAUUGUAAGCGAAAUAAUUGAUUUCUUUUAACAACGCCAUGCCCAUGUUCACUGGAACUGUACUUUGCUUGGUUUAGUUUUAGCAUCACUGUUGAAUGUAUAAACAUUGAGAUAUUAAGGAUUGCC